AUGAAGCUGAUUUUAUUCUUUGGUAUUGUCCUGUUCCUCGGCUUGGCUGCAGCAUCAGUUGAUACGAGCAAUGGCUGUAACUUCAGAUGCUUAGCGCGCUAUGAUCCGGUUUGGGGUAUUGAGACUCGUGCUGGGAAAACUGAGAAGCGAGAAUUUAGCAACUCAUGUAUGAUGAGAUUGGAAAACUCCUGUUAUGGAAGAAAUUUCGUUCAAUUGUGA